AACUCAGCUGCUAUGUAAUUAGCGUAGUCAAAAAUAUACGCUGUUCAAUUUCUCGAUCUAUUAUAGAUACUUACAAAUGAGCGAUGAACUAUAUUUCACUCGUUAAAUUAUACACUUAUUCUCAAAUGUUUCAAAUCAACCAAAUACUGUACAUACAUAUAUACACGUGCUCAAGGUUGAAUAAAAAUGUUUUUGAAAAAUUGGAACAUAUCUCCAGGAGGCUGUGGAAAAGAAACCCUUAACCAUCGGUGGUCGAGGUGGACGCGUUCGAGGAUCAGACUCGCCACCCCCACUGCCCCUCUACCACAGUCGCUGCCGGUCCUCGGUGACCUCCGGCCUGUCAGUCUACACCGAGAAGCCGUUCAGGCACCAUCACAGCAUCUUCGCGUCUCUCUCUUGCCGCAUUCUCCCGCGGAGAGAAAGACUGCGAGAGAGGGACAGAAAAAGGGAAUAUCCCAGCCGCGCGUACUUUAUUUUGUGAGGACACGCUGCCGUAAAGGAAAGCAAGAAGAAGAGCAAGGAGGUGCCGACAGUGGCAGACAGGAUCUGUCCACUGUCAGGAUGGCGAGGUGGUUGCUGAUCGUCUCGUUGGCCAGCGUGCUGGUCCAUCAGACGAGAAACGAGAUCCUGACGCCACCGUACUUCAAUCUGGCCGAGGGCAAGGAAAUCAUCGCGUCGGCCACGUGUGGCGUCGACACCCCCGGUCCAGAACUCUACUGCAAGCUCGUCGGCGCGAGUGCCGACCAACAUGAGGAUAUUAAUCUGAUACAGGGUCAGGUAUGCGAUUACUGCGACUCGGAUAACCCGGAAAAGAGGCAUCCACCGGAGUAUGCGGUCGAUGGAAUGGAAACCUGGUGGCAAUCGCCACCGCUCUCCAGAGGAAUGAAGUAUAACGAAGUGAAUUUGACGAUUAAUCUUGGACAAGAAUUUCACGUGGCGUACGUGUACGUAAAGAUGGCAAAUUCCCCGAGACCUGGACUCUGGGUGCUCGAGAAAUCCAAGGAUUAUGGGAAGACCUGGUCACCCUGGCAAUAUUUCUCCGAUACUGCCAACGAUUGUUUAACUUACUUCGGUGUAGAUAGUUAUAAACCGAUCACCAGAGACGACAGCGUAAUCUGUACUACAGAGUACUCUCAAAUAGUGCCGUUGGAAGGUGGCGAAAUACCGAUCUCAAUCUUGAAUAAUCGUCCCUCAGCCAAGCACUAUUUCAAUUCAACGCUAUUGCAAGAAUGGACCAGAGCUACGAACGUUCGUUUCCGUUUCCUGAGGACGAAAAACUUGCUUGGACAUCUGAUGUCCUUGGUGCGAGAGGAUCCCACCGUGACUAGAAGAUAUUUCUAUUCUAUCAAAGACAUCAGUAUUGGUGGAAGGUGCAUGUGCAACGGCCAUGCGGAUACCUGCGACAUAUUGGACCCAAAGAUGCCGAAAAAACUCGUUUGCAGAUGCCAGCACAACACCUGUGGCCCUCAGUGUGCUACCUGCUGCAAAGGGUUCGAACAGAAGAAGUGGCGGCAAUCCACAGCGUUCAAAAAGUUCACGUGUGAACCUUGCAACUGUUUUGGUCACUCGGACGAGUGCGAGUACGAUACGGAAGUGGACGAGAAACAUUUGUCUCUGGAUAUUCAUGGGAACUACGAGGGUGGUGGUGUAUGUCAGAAUUGCCGGGACAACACGGAAGGAAUUAACUGCAAUCGAUGCAAACCCAAGUUCUACAGACCUCAAGACAAAUCACUUAACGCGACUGAUGUUUGUCAACCAUGUCAGUGCGAUGUAUUCUACUCGACCGGAAACUGCGCGGAUGCUACCGGUAAAUGCGAGUGUCGUAAGGAGUACACUGCGCCGGAUUGCGACAGUUGCAGCUUUGGAUAUUACGGUUAUCCAAACUGUGUACCUUGUCAGUGUCACUUGAACGGAACCGAUGGAAAUUAUUGCGAGGCAAUCGAUGGUUCUUGCCCUUGCAAACCGAAUUACGCCGGUCAUUAUUGUAAUCUCUGCGCGGAAGGCUACUAUAACUUCCCCGAGUGUUUACCUUGCGAAUGUAAUCUGCCGAGUUCUUUGGACGAGGUCUGUGACGUGGUUUCCGGCAACUGUACGUGCAAGAACAACUUUGGCGGACGAACUUGUGAUAUUUGCGAGCAUGGUUACUACAAUUAUCCUUUUUGUACAUAUUGCAACUGCGAUACACGCGGAACAGUGCCUGGCAUUUGCAACAAAUCGAAUGGUGCCUGUCUCUGUAAAGAAGGAUAUGGUGGUGCCAGAUGCGACCAGUGCAUCAGUGGAUAUUACGGGUAUCCAAAUUGCAGACCAUGUAAUUGCAGCACGAUUGGAUCAUCCUCUAUUAGCUGCGAUGCCACAGGAAAAUGUACUUGUCUCACCAACUUUGCUGGAAGGACUUGUAAUCAAUGUAGUCCUGGCUAUUACAUGUAUCCAGAGUGUAUAGCCUGUAAUUGCGACAGCCAUGGCUCUAUCGGCGCCUCCUGUGACGCAGAGGGUAAGUGCCAGUGCCGGGAAAAUUUCGAUGGAGCCAGGUGUAACCAGUGUAAAGAGGGUUUCUACAACUUUCCAACUUGCGAGGGCUGCAACUGUGACCCAGCUGGAGUCCUUGAAACCUUUCAAGGGUGUGGUUCUUUGCCUGCUGGCGAGCUCUGUCAGUGCAAGGACCGCGUGGAAGGAAGGAUAUGCAACCAGUGUAAGCCAUUGUUCUGGAAUUUGCAGCCUUAUAAUCCUCAAGGUUGCGAAGACUGUCAGUGUAACAUCCCUGGCGUUAUUGGAAAUAUCGGAGAGUGUGACACGAAAAACGGUCAGUGCAUCUGUAAACCAGGAGUGAUGGGCAGAAGUUGCGACCAGUGUAUAGAUGGAACGUACAAUCUAGAAGAAAGAAAUUUCUUCGGCUGUACAGAUUGCGCUUGUGACAUUGGUGGCGCAGUAAACUCGGUGUGCGACAAGCAAACAGGCCAAUGUCAGUGUCAACCACGUGUCACGGGUCUCACCUGUAAGGAACCCUUGAAGGCACACUAUUUCCCUACCCUCCAUCAAUUUCAGUACGAGGCAGAAGACGGCAGAACACCCAGCAACAGUCCAGUUCGUUAUGGUUUCACCGAGGAACACUUCCCUGGAUACAGUUGGAAGGGAUACGCGGUGUUUUCUGCUCUUCAGGACGAGAUUAUUCUUGACGUUUACAUCCAGAAGUCAUCCUUGUACCGAAUGGUCUUGAAGUACGUGAACCCUAACAAUGAACCAAUUCUUGGUACGAUUACCAUUACUCCUGAAAAUCCAUCGGAAGUGGAGCAACAAUUCAAAGUGAAUUUCAAGCCAACCGUUAAACCAUCGUUCGUAACCGUGGCGGGACCACAAGGUAAUCUUCCUUCCCCCAUGGUGAUGAACCCGGGUCACUGGUCUAUCAGCAUCGCUACCAAAAAGAGCCUUUUCCUCGACUACUUCGUGCUACUUCCAUCUGAGUAUUACGAGGCGACUAUUUUAACUCAGGAUGUAAAUAUUCCAUGCGAAGUCGGUUCGAAGGGGCUCUGUCGUCAUUACGGAUAUCCUAAUUUGACGAUGUUCGACUCUGUUCACGGAGCCGGUGGAUUCUUGAAUGAAAACAACGUCAGGAUCCCUCUGACCGAAUAUUUCACUGAGCUUCCCUUGAUCAACGAUAGACAAGAAGAAAUACACUUUGACCUAAGAAUCUCAAAGCCAGUUCCACACGUGUUGCUGGUGCUCUACGUCACGCCGAAAGAUGAGAACUCCACGUCCACGUUACUUAUAGAAGCCAACACCGUUGGAAAAGGAAAGGCCACCCUCUAUCCUUGCAAGUACACCAGUAUUUGCCGACAGGUUGUGACCGAUAAUUAUGGUAGAGUGGCCGCGAUGAACUUCCCCUCGAACUACAUCAGCUUGAUUCUAACAGGAGAGCCUAGUUCGAACGUCGCCAUCGAUUCCGUCGUUGCCAUUCCUUAUAACGAAUGGUCCCUGGAUUACGUGAAACCAAAAUCCAUAUGCGUUCGUAAGGAUGGCAAGUGCGUGAAAGGUCAGUUCCCCGGUGCUGCGGAAGCCAAGAAGAUCGAAUUCGAAAGCAGCAGCACGAUUCCAGAGUCUGAAAACAGACCCUACGGUAUCUACGACAACGCCAGUAAGCUCAUCUACUUGGACGACAAGAACACCACGGUCGAUAUCCACGCAAAAGUUGUGCAACCUGGUGACUACACCUUUAUCGUGCAGUACUAUCAACCAGAUUACCCGGAAUACGAACUCGACGUCUUGUUGCAGAACGGCAAGUUUUACGAGGCUAAGAUGUCCGUUCCUCAUUGUCCCAGUAACAGUGGCUGUCGAAGCGUCGUGAAACAGGUGGAUGGUAACAUCAGGUUCCAGCUGAUCGAGAACUUUAUGAUCACCUUCAAGGAAAGCACCGGUAAAGGUAUUUGGCUGGACUAUAUUCUGGUCGUUCCAACCGAGCAGUACAACGAGAAGAUUCUCAAGAAGAUCCAGUUCGAUCAGACGAAAGAGUUUAUCAAGAAGUGUGGCUACAAUCACUUCCACAUCAACAUUACCGAGGAAGGUUUCUGUCGCGACUCGAUUUUCUCUAUCACUGCCAGCUACAACAAUCGCGCUUUGCCUUGUAACUGCGACAUCGACGGUACGAUAAGCUUCGAGUGUGAGAAGUUUGGUGGACAGUGUCCCUGCAAGCCCAACAUCAUCGGAAGGCGAUGCGGAAUCUGCAAAACAGGAUUCUACGGUUUCCCGAAUUGCAAACCAUGCAACUGUCCAAGUAUAGCUCUCUGCGAACCAGAGACUGGCGCUUGUAUUUGUCCCUCCAGGGUCACAGGUGAACGGUGCAAUCAAUGCGAAGCUGGGACCUACGGGUUCCAUCCGAUCAUUGGUUGCGAGGAGUGCAACUGCUCUCCUUUAGGUGUGAUCGGCGGUGAUCUACAAUGCGAUCUUUUCAAUGGUAGCUGCAAAUGCAAAGAGAACGUAGUUGGAAGGCAGUGCGACAAGUGCGAGGCUGGCUACUCGCAGUUCCCUCACUGUGAGAGGUGCGACUGCGACACCAGGGGAACCACCAGUGAGAUAUGCGACCAGUACACAGCCGAGUGCUUCUGUAAGGCGAACGUUCAGGGCUCAGCCUGCGACGUGUGCAAGGAAGGUACGUUCAACAUCCAAGAGAGCAACGAAGAAGGUUGCACCAAGUGUUUCUGUUUCGGGAAGACCACCAGAUGCGUGUCAGCGAAUCUCUACAGGACCCACGUUUCCGAUAUGACUGGAUGGGAAUUGGUCGUGUCGAGCGAAAAGGGUGGAAAUCUGACGUACUUAAUGACGAUACCUCAAGAGUAUAACGAGACCAGCAUCGUCGUUGGACUCACUACCAACGAUACUUUCGGGCAGAUCAUCUACUUCUCAGCUUCGGAUACGUACCUGGGAAAGAAAUUGACCUCCUACGGUGGAUCCUUGAGGUAUACAGUCUUUUACAGUACUGGACCGUUUGGUAACGCGGUCAGCGCAGCCGACGUGAUCCUCCAGGGUGCCAACACGACUCUGUUUUAUUACGCCGAUGAACAGCCACCGUCGUUCCUCAACUUUGAGACGUCCGUGGAAUUGAUCGAGGUAAACUUUCUCACCCAAAAUCGCCUCAGCGCUACCAGAGAACAACUGAUGAUGGUUCUUGAAGAUCUUCGUGGAAUAUACAUUCGAGCGACGUACUGGAACCCCAGCAUCUCCGCGACCUUGUCACAUGCGAGUCUGGAGGUAACCACGGAAUACUAUUCGUCCCAGUAUAACGUUCCAGCCAGCAGCGUGGAACAGUGCCAGUGUCCACCGAAUUAUCAGGGACUUUCCUGCGAGGAAUGCGCGCCAGGAUAUUACAGGGUACAGUCUGGAUCUCACGGAGGGUACUGUGUUCGUUGCGAGUGCAACGGGCACGCGGACACUUGCGACGUCGAGACUGGCAUAUGCUUGGAAUGCAAAGAUGGUACCACCGGGGACCAUUGCGAAUUCUGCGAAGAAGGCUACUACGGAAACGCAACUGGAGGAACGCCGACCGACUGUCUGAUCUGCGCUUGUCCCUUACCAAUACCCAGCAACAACUUUGCGACCGGAUGCGAGGUGAACGAAGAAGGCAGUAAGAUUAGUUGCGACUGUGUCACUGGCUAUUACGGUGCCCGUUGUCAGGUCUGCGCUUCUGGUUACUACGGGAAUCCUGAGGUCUCCGGGGACUACUGCAAACCUUGCCAGUGUUCCGGUAACAUCGACACCAAUCAAGUUGGUUCUUGCGACUCUAUAACCGGACAGUGCCUGCAGUGUUUGAACAACUCUUACGGGGAGGCAUGCAGCCUCUGUAAACCGGGCUACUUUGGCGACGCGAUCGAGAGGAAAGAUUGCCGUAGCUGUGCCUGUGAAAGAUGCGGAAUGAAGGAAUGCGACAGUCACUCGGGCCAGUGCUUCUGUCACGAGAACGUAGUCGGAGAAACGUGCGACCGCUGCGCGGACGAUCACUAUGGUUACGACACCUGCGAGGGGUGCAAAGCUUGCGAAUGCGGAACAGCUUCGGAGAGAAGUCAGUGCGACGAGGUGACGGGUCAAUGUAAAUGCAAGCCCGGGGUCACGGGACGCAGAUGCGACCAGUGUAUCCCAGGAUAUUGGAACUACGGUCCCGAAGGAUGCGCCUCUUGCGGCUGUAACACAGGAUACUCUGUCGGAGUAUCCUGCAACACUACCACCGGUCAGUGCAGCUGUUUACCAGGUGUUAUCGGAGAGAAAUGCGACCACUGUCCGUACAGGAACGUUCUGAUCCCGGGACAGGGUUGUUUCGCUUGUGAUUCUUGCACCGGCGACUUGUUGGACGUCACUGACGAACUAUCCGAGUUGUUGGACCCCGUCUUCAGGGAGUACAGCACGGUCGCCGAAAGCUACUUCACUAAUCAACGCUUGAAAUUCAUCAACGACACGGUGAACGAGUUGUAUCCCGAGGUGAAGCUCCUCGACCCUAGCAGAGUGAACUUCCUCCCUCUCCAACAGGAGGUGAAGAGAUUGGAGCUAGAGGUGUCGAACCAGAAACGAGGGAUCGAUUAUACAGCCGAGGACAGCGAGAAAUGGAAAGAGGCUGCAGAGAAUACUUUGAAAGAUAUGAAUUUCCUUGAGGACGAUGUGAUCGGAGAAAUAGACUUUGUUAAAUCCACCGUCGCCGAGGUUGAAUCGUUAGCCCUGAACAUCGAGCUGGGAACAGGCGCAAAGUUGGAGAGCUCGUUGAAAGAAGCCACGGAUAUUCUGAGGAAGAUCCAAGAAGUAUCCUUCGUCGGUUUUCGGGAUCGGGCUACGGAUCAGGCGGACCAAGCAAACAUCCUUGUUUCAGAGAUGCUCGACUACAACGUACCAGUCAGCAAUCUGUCUGCUUUGGCGGACAAUUUGAGUAACAAGAUCAAAAACGUGACUGGCAAGAUGGACGAUCUUCUCGAGAUCACUUGGAAGGCACAAGAGCUAGCUAGCAAGGUGGACAGGUUGAAUAAGGAGAACAGAAUCGCAGCCGAGACGGGCAACUUCGACAUCGUUAAGAACGCAACGUCAGAGGCGAAUGAUGACCUGAUAGCUGGGGAAGGGUUGAACAGGAACGCCAGUCGGUAUCUCGAAGAAGCGAACCGCAACGUAGAGAUAUUAAAAACAAACGCCAUAGACGAUUCCACUGAAAUAUUAAAAAGAACCAUCAUGGAAAACGAUCAGCAGUUGGUCGAUCUAAUUGUUCCAGUUCAGAAUGCUCACGAUCACGCCGAACGAUUGUACAAUCGUUCCUUGGACCUGGACAGCUCGUUGACGGACACCAGGAACACCGACGCCGUGAAAGCGGUUUCCGCUUACAAAAACAUCGAGACUGCGAUCCAGGCUGCUCGCGAAGCAGCAGAUGAUGCCAUGGACGCGGCUGAAAAUGCUACCUCUUUGUCGGAUGGUAUCGGGCAAAGAGUGUUGAACUCGCAAAACGGAUCCUUCUAUCUUUUGGAAUCGGCUAGGAACAUGUUGGGUAAAACGCAAGGUACGCCUGAGAAUCAGUUGAGCGAUGCUCAAGCGGAUGCUUCUUAUAUUACUAUCCAGAACAGGCGCAACAGGGAACUGCUGGACAACAUCGACAAAGCUCUUUCUAAUAUUCCCUCACCUUCGUCGACGGUGGCCCAGGAUGCUAUGAAUCAGGUGGUAGACGUCGAGCAGAAGAUCAAACAGUCGGUGAACAACAUGUACGGUAUCGUGGAUCAGAUACCAGAAGAUCUGAAGAACGCUAAACAACUGUCGAAGAACAUAUCCGAGUCGUCCCGUGAUAUAUCCCAGGCGAAGAAACAGCUCGACAUGAUCGACAAAUACUUCCCAAACAUGACAGAACUAUUGAACAGUUUAAACACCAAUCAGAAGUCCAUAGACACGACUGGGAACGAUCUGCAGGGCAAGAUCGAGGCGUUGAAGAAUAAGAUCGCUAACGCCAGGGAAUUGGCUGAUCGUUUCAAGGUUGGUCUGACUUUCUACAGAAACACUACUCUCGAACUGAAGAAUCCUGAGAAUCUACCUCUGCUGGCUACGUCUACGAAAGUAUCCCUCUACUUUAGAACGAACAAGACGAAUGGUUUCUUGCUGUACCUUGGUAACGAGGAGAACGGUAAGUUACCUCGAUCAAAGACACGCGAUUUCAUGGCUCUUCUGAUCGAAAGCGGGUAUCCAGUGCUGAUAAUCGACCUCGGAUCCGGACCUGAAAAGAUAAUCAAUAAUAAACUCGUGUCCGACAAUGUUUGGCGACAGAUAAUCGUCGAUCGUACGGGUAAAAAUGUUAAGCUGAUCGUUCGCGAGGACAUCGGCGAGGGCAAGGAUCGGUUGUACGAGAAGGCACACGUGUUACCUGGCUCGUAUUACAUAUUCAACGUCGAUCCAGAACACUCGAAGCUGUUCGUUGGUGGAUAUCCUUCGUCCUUCAACAUGCAGGACGCUGUCACAGCAUCUUCGUUCGAGGGUGAAAUGGAGGAUCUGGUGAUAGGAGAGGAUACACCUGUCUCCUUCUGGAACUUUAUAGACGGAGAGAAUAAUCAGAAGGCAGCCAUCGAGAGAGACAAGCUGAUCAACUUCCAGCCAAGCACUGGCUAUAGAUUCGACAAGCAUGGAUUCGCCAUUCUAAGCAAGAGGAGCUUCCAGAUAUCACCGGACAGCAAAAAGUUCAGCAUCAAAUUGAACUUUAAGACGUUUGCACCAGAUGGGUUGAUCUACUUGAUGGGCAAAGGCAGGCAGUUCCUUUCCUUAGAGAUGAGGGACGGCCACGUGCUCUAUCAGUAUGACCUCGGGGAUGGAGAGAUCAGUCUGAGAUCCACAAACGUGUACAACGAUGGAAGCUGGCACAACUUGGAGGCUCUCAGAUUUGAAAAGAAGGGAGUGCUCAAGGUAGACGGUGUACACGUGGUAAAUGACAGAGCCACAGGAAACAGUAAGACUCUGGUGUCCUCUGAUACCAUCUACUUCGGUGGAUACCCACCGAAUGCUAAACAUCCAUAUCAGCCUGUGACCCACGAAGGAUUCGAAGGUUGCAUCGACGACGUGGUCAUCAUGGACACUAUAGUUGAUCUGACCCGCAACAUUCAAGCGUUUGGAGUCGCUCCCGGCUGUCCAGUCAGGUUUGCCAGUAUGGUGUUCUUCGAGGAGAAUACACCUGGUUACGUAAGGUGGCACAACAUCUCUGUACCAAACGCUCUUCAGGUGAACUUGAAGUUUAAGACCUUGGCAAAUGAUGGUUUAAUCUUCUACGUAACUGACCACGAGAAAGGUGUGGUUAGCUAUCUGUCGCUAAUAGACGGUAUCCUAGCGUUCAACAGCCAGGGAUUAGAGUUGAAAACAGGUAUCAACGGUAUGAAGUUCAACGAUAACGAGUGGCAUGUGAUUACGGCCACGCAUUCGGGAGAUUCGUUGAAACUGGACAUUGAUGACACGAAGAAUUACACCACCAUCGAGGCACCGCCCACCUUACUGAUACCCUCGGGCAGCUUGUACAUCGGUGGCUUACCUGCUGCUUUUGGCAUUCCUCCAACAGGAGCGAUGACACCCUUCGUUGGGUGCAUCGGUGAUGCGACGCUCAAUGGUGUGAUUAUCAAUUUCGCAAACACAACAGAGAGACCCCAUGCCUUCUUAGGAAAGUGCAAGGGUGGUGAUCCAUCCUCUUUGCCACCUGUAGUUGAACCAGAACCUGAUGGCGUACCUCCUCCGCUCCCCACGGAAAGUCCAGACGAUAAUGUUGAAGUGUCCACCCAGAUUAAUAUUAUCGAUAUUGAUUUGAGCAAAGAGCCAGACGAAGAUGAACCUAUUUUAGAGGGACGCGGUAAUCAUGAUGAAUUAACAACGACCAUGAAACCUACCACCCCGGCACCGAUACACGUUGAUCAGUGUCGUCUUCCUUAUUAUCCAGCUAUAGAUCCUGACUUGGAAAAUACUUGGCGAUUCGGAAUUGCGAGGAACAGCUUGUUGGAAUAUAGAUCUCUGAAUGGAAGGUACAGGAAUGACUAUGACUUCCAAAUUGACGUGAAAACCAUGGCCGAAGAGGGAAUAAUAUUCUAUACUUCAGAUCAUGCUAACGAGAAUUUGAUCGCUUUGUACAUUAGCGACGGAAGGCUUCACUAUACAUUUGACUGUGGAAGUGGACCAGCUUUGCUGAUCAGUGACAAGAAGAUAAACGACAACGAAUGGCACAUUGUAAUAUUCAAAAGACAAGGUAACUACGGAGAGCUUAUAGUUGAUGAGAACAACGCUGUCACUGGAUAUUCUCAAGGAACAACGAACAUUAUGAAUGUUAACCCACCGUUCUAUGUGGGAGGAGUAAUCCCGGAUAUAUCCAGCAAAGUGCAAAGCAUGAUUGGUUUGGACAAAUCUUUCAAUGGAUGUCUUGGAAACUUUAUGGUGAAUGGACAACCAGUUGGUGAACCCAUUAACGAAGUGGGUGUAAUUCCAUGUUCGAAACGAGUUGAGCCAGGAUUGUUCUUCUACCCUGGCAAUGGUACCAAUCUGUUCAAAGCAGUGGACAGAUUCACAGUUGGUAGAACAGUGGACAUCCAAAUGGAUAUUAAGCCACGUUCAGCUUCUGGUCAUUUGUUAUCUGUCCAUGGAAAACGGGAUUAUGUGGUUUUAGAAAUGAUAAAUGGGACGGUUAAAUUUCUUGUAAAAACAGCUAAAGGUUCGAUAGAAACUUCCUUCGAACCAACAAACCCGAAUUCUUUGUGCGAUGGCAACUGGCAUAAUAUUCGAGCUGUGAAACAGAAGAAUGCCGUGCUAUUAUCGGUGGACCAUAAAGCAGCUCCAGCAGGAAUCGGUGGUAAAAAUUAUGCAGGAGUUAUGUCCAAACAUCCGAUUUACAUCGGUGGUCAUCCGAUGCUUGGAAGAAAAUUACGAGGAAGUACCUCGCAGGCACAAUAUGUUGGAUGUAUCACCAAUGUUCAUAUCAACAUGAGACCUGUCACUUUGGGUCCUGAACGUGCUUAUGGACAAGUUAUCGCUGGUGUAUGCCCAACGAUAUAAAAAUCUCUGAGAACAUGACUUAAAAGUGCACUUAAAAUGAAUGAACAUCGUUGGUCCGUCUUUUCUUUAGACAAUGAUCUUGACGAGUAUAUUUUGAUAAAGAAAUUUGUGUUCAUAAACACUCAUGGAGUUUUCUGCGAUUCCUGAGACUUAACAUUCUUUCUUUCUUUCUUUCUUCUUUUUAAUAAAAAUACAUAUUUUAGUAUUUUAAGCGUCUAAAGUAAUCCGUUGGUCAAAAAUUAUAAUUGUAAAGUAUCGAGUGCCAUAUCUCAGGGCCUACCAAAUGAUGUAUUAAGAUUUCAAGAAUAAUCCUGCACAUUCCUAGCGUGCCUUAAUACAAAUUUUUUAAAAAACAAUAUAAGGACACACAAAUUUUCAAAAAACGUACACCUUGUUUUGAAAACACGCAAUAAGACUGAACGUCGUUACUUUUCAUCCACCUUUCAAGGUGAGAAAGAUAGUAUCUCCACUACAUUUAUCAGUGAUUAUUUAAAUUCUUGGGUAAGCUAUAUGUUAUUACGUUUCGUAUUAGGUGAAUUCCAAGAUGUUGAACUAAAAAUAAAAUAAAA